UGGAUUUGAACUUGCGAGCGCUGGAACUCCCCGCAGCAGCAGCAGCAGCAUCAGUCUGACGGAGUUCUGGAGGCUUCUGAGGAACUUAGAGCCUGAACACUGGACGGAGAGGUUUUUCUUCAGUUUGUCUUCACCGAGAGCAGCGAUGAUUCUCCACCAUGUCACCCGACUUGUCGGGCUGCUGUAUUUGUGUGCGGCACGACCACCAGUCUUUCAACAGGCGCCAAUGGACGUCAGGCCGGUGGUCGGCUCUCUGGCGGGAAAAGUGGAGCUUCCGUGUUUCUUCUCCAUCGACACGCCGCCGCCCCCCUCAGUCACGCCUCCCACUGACAACCCCCAGUUGGAGGACCAGCUGAGGAUCAAGUGGACAAAGCUGGAGGCGGCCGGGGAGAGUGUGGUCCUGGUGACCCAGGGCGGUGUAGUCAAGGUUGGUGUGAAGUACCAGAGCCGCGUGUCGGUGCCCAGUCACCCACUGUCGGUGGGCGACGCCUCCCUGACCCUGGUCAAGCUCCGGGCCAGUGACGUCGGACUCUACCGCUGCGAGGUCAUGCACGGGAUGGAGGAUAUGCAGGGCCUGGUCCACCUCAACGUUACUGGAGUGGUGUUCCACUACCGGGCCCAUACCAGCCGGUACACUUUAGACUUUGGUGCCGCCGUUGAGGCGUGCCGGGCUGCGGAUGCCACUAUCGCCACGCCCGAGCAGCUGACCGCUGCGUUCGAGGACGGUUUGGACCAGUGUGACGCUGGCUGGCUCGCUGACCAGACAGUCCGGUAUCCCAUCACAAUGCCACGGCCCGGCUGCUCGGGGGACCUGAGGAGCAAACCUGGCGUCAGGACCUACGGAGUCCGAGACCCGGGCGAGAAGUACGAUGUGUACUGCUACGUGGAGCGUCUGGACGGAGAGGUCUUCUAUCCAGCGUCCCUCUCUGACAAGCUCACCCUGCAGGAGGCACGGCGCUACUGCGAGGACCAGGAGGCAGUGCUGGCCUCGCCGGGUCAGCUGUUUGCGGCGUGGAGAGCGGGUCUGAACCGCUGCGACUACGGCUGGCUGUCGGACGGCAGCGUGCGCUACCCCAUCAACCUGCCCAGACCGCAGUGUGGGGGCGGCCUGCUGGGAGUGCGCACCCUCUACAAGCACCAAAAUCAGAGCGGUUACCCCGACCCACUGGAGCGCCACGGAGCCUUCUGCUACAAGGCUCACCCGGCGACACCAUCUACUGGCUGGGAGCACGACCACACCACCACACUCGGGUCUGCCCUUGUUCCAGAGGCAGCAGAGGUCCAGACCAUGGCCCCAGCACCGGGUCUUCAGGACCCAGUCUCGUCCACGCCGUCUCCGGUGGACUAUGAAGUUGUGGACUGGAGCAGAGUGGAGUCAGUUCCUGGAAGGGGCGACAUGCUGCCCCCCCUGCUGCUUCCACCCCUGCCCACCACCCGUGGUCAGCCAGGCCGCCUCGACAUCGAGUCGCACCCGAGAAAGACCAAUGAGCUUGGGGUUAGGCCGACACCACAACUGGACCACUCUGGGGUGACACCAGAACCGGGUGUCUCCAUUAUUGACCCUCAAGAACCUGCACUGGUCUUUAAAGAGGAUUCUACUCCCGGAGCUCCGCCCCUGAUCCACAUAGAACAGUCCCUGACCCUCCCUGAGGGGGGCGACUCAUCAGCCAAGCCGCCGUUCCACGUCAUCAUUGUCAACGUCCACGACCAGAACCAGUCCGUGGACAGAAUCCUGGAGCUCCUGAACCAACCAGAUAUUUCUCUGGAGGGUCCGCAGGUCCACUUCCCUCAAAUCACAGACCUGUCCCAGCUGACUGGGGCACUCCACAGCAGCGGGGACCCGCUGGACCCGACCCCCAUUCAUCUGCCGCCCAGCCACGGCUUCGUGGAUGUGACGCAUCAGGUGCCGUUUGGGUCGGAGCUGCCAGAAGAGGCUCGGGGAGACCAGUUUGAGACGGCCACGCCGGCACAGGUGGGGGACAGUGCUAGUGAAGGAGAGGAGGAGGAGAGCGUCACGCCGUUCGACUACAGCGCCGUGGAGAUCCACAGUGAGGAGAUGCCAACGGACCAGCCUUCGGGCACUGAGCCCUCACACCUGGGCCUGUUCCCAGAGGACCUCCAUCAGACCACCACACCAAUUCCAUCCACAUCCCAGACUCCCCCGACGCUGGUCCUCACUAGUGCUGACUCCAAGGGUUCUGUGGGUUCAUCUGAAGUUUCUACCAAUGACUCUGCUCCCACAGGAGCCACUGAGGUCCACUCUAGAGUGAUGACAGAUGAGACUGAACUGGGUGGAACCGAUCCUCCACCUGUGACUGCAGAAACCCUCUCGUGGGAGACCACCUCACAGACCAGGACUGUGGACUUGGAGGGCUCUGCCUCUGGUGAGGACGAAGCUUCUGGACAAGAACCUGACUCAGUGGAGGGCAGUGGCACCGGUUUGAUGAUCCCCACUACACUCCCCCCGCUAUCUACACCGGGUACUCCUGAGGUUCUGAGCUCAGGUGCAGACCAGCUGUCCGGCCAGGUUUCUGGGAGCGGUCCGGUUCCCCUGCAGGUCACGGCCAGUCCAGACGUGGCAGCUGUGACUUUUACAGACAACAGGGUGGACUUUAUAGACCUGACCUCUGAACCUGGACCCUCCAGAACCUCCACUGAUGCCCGUAACCAACCCUCCACAUCCACUGAGACCCCACCAGGUUGGACCUCUUCCUCCGCUGAGGACACAGCGGGCCAGACCGCGGUUACCCAGCAGACCCGGUCCACCCCUUCCUCCCUUUACACCUUUGACAUCCACAACACUACCAACUCGGUCCCGCAGUGGGCGCUGCUGCCUGACCCGUUGUCCUCUCCUCUGCCUGAGGACCAGUUUGUAGACUAUGACCGAAAGCUGUUCCCGGAACAUCUAGCGUCCAGACCCACAGAAGAACCAGAGACCAGCAGCGACCCAGUGUUCAUCGUUAGCACGCCGGACCUGCGAGAUCUUCUGUCGUGCUCGCCCGACGUCUGUCACAACGGGGGGUCGUGUGUGCUGCGCGGGUCAGAGGUCAUGUGCUUGUGUGCACCGGGAUACUCUGGGAGUCACUGCGAGACAGACGUGGAUGAGUGUCGGGCCAACCCAUGUCUGAAUGGGGGAACGUGUCUGGACCAGGUGGGCUCCUUUAUCUGCGUCUGCCUGCCCAGCUACUCGGGGAGACUCUGUGAACAAGACACGGAGGUCUGUGGCGUUGGCUGGCAGAAGUUCCAGUCCCACUGCUACCGCCACUUCACUCACCGCCGGACAUGGGAUGCAGCGGAGCGCGAGUGCCGGCUCCACGGCGCCCACCUGACCAGUAUCGUCUCGCACGAGGAGCAGCUGUUCAUCAACCGCCUGGGGAGCGACUACCAGUGGAUCGGACUCAAUGACAAGAUGUUCGAGAGAGACUUUCGCUGGACUGACGGGAGCUUGCUGCAAUACGACAAUUGGAGGCCCAACCAGCCUGACAGCUUCUUCCAGUCCGGUGAGGACUGUGUGGUUCUGAUCUGGCACGAGAGCGGCGAGUGGAACGACGUGCCAUGCAACUACCACCUGACCUUCACCUGCAAGAAGGGCACCGUGUCAUGUGACCAGCCUCCGGUGGUGAAGGACGCUCGCAUGUUCGGCGCGUCAAAGUCACGGUACGAGAUCAACUCGCUGGUGCGGUACCACUGCAAGCCUGGCUUCAUCCAGCGCCACUCUCCCAUCAUCCGAUGCCGAGCUAACGGCCAGUGGGACUUGCCCAGAGUGACUUGCACGACACCUGCAAUGUUCAAUAAGUCGCUCUCAGGGCGAUGGCGCCACGAGCACGUCCAUCAUGGACAACGGCACCCGGCACCCCUCGCACCACUCCCUGGCCUGCGUCAGAGUUUUUGGCAGAAUCGUUACCAGAGAGCGAAACGGCAGCGUGACAGAAGCUAGCUCGCUCAGUCCACUUGCUGUUGGUGACGCGACAGUGUCCUCCAGAUGUUUAGAGUUUUGCCUUCGGACCCAGAAGUUCUCCCAGUUUUGUACAACACUGACGUUCAUUCAGCAAUGACCUCUUUUCUACUCUUUCUUUCCGAACUUUGAGGUCCCGUGUGUUUGCUGCCACCUUCUGGCCAACUGUGAAAAUGACGUCAGAGCACGACAGGGAUGCCCGGCUGUUGGCGGCUAACUGAUGGAACCAAAAUGUACUGGAUUGUUUCGGGUGGGAGUCGGAGUCUUCUCCCACUAGCAUUCUGUGAUAUAAACGGCGACACCUGGUGGUUGUCAGUAUGUUUACUGUAAUAGAUUCGCUGCAAGCUUUUAUUUUGAAAGGAUUACGACUUCCUGAUUUGAAACCUUUAAAAUCGAAUUGUCGAGAAAAUCCUACGUUUGUCCUCUCCGACAGACCGCUAGGUCCUUAGCUGCAUUGCUAAACCAGCUGAACGUCAUUUGCUAAUGUUGUAAAAAAGCUAAUCAAGAAGACGUGCUUGUAUUCAAGCUAAUGCUAAUACGAAAAUCAGCGAAUUGCUAAAACAGUGCUGCCGAGUUAGCAUAAUGCUAGCCUACAGAUAAUUUAAAUGUACAAACAGUAGUUCCCUACUAUUGUUGCUAGUGAGCUUGCGUGUACUCACGUCAAAGCUCUUUCACCUAAGCCUGUUUUUAAUCCUUCAAAAUAAAAGCUCCUUACUUCAGUCUGUACUACGUUGGGAGUGAACUCACCCUUUUCACUCCUCUUUCCCAGCGCUCGGUGUCACCGCGUGUCUCUGAAGCCAUGAAGCCUUAACUUAUUGUCCAAAUGUGAGUUUUAUAUCUGACAACUUCCUGUCCUUUUAUUUUGCCUGCAACAGGAAGUGCAGAUCUGGUAUCUGUCCUGUAACUUGGAAUGUGAAAGUGUGAGCAAAUUCAUUUGUGGCGAUGUAAGUUUUGUUCAUACGUUUUUACAUGUAGAUGUGUGAGUUCCUCAGACAGCACGUUGCUGCUGUUCGCUUCAAUGUUUGUGCAAUAAAAGUGAA